AUGUCAGAUAACGAGCGAUCGCGCGACCGCUUCCGCGAGCGAGACAGCCGUCGCGAACCACGUGAAGGCCGUGAGCGAGGCGGCACACCCACAGAACGGCGCAACCGCUCGCGCAGUCCUAGAGACCGCGGCAGCCGACGCGACACCCGAUAUCGUUCACGAUCGCCAUACCGGAAAGAUGAGCGCGAUGGAGCUGGGAGGGGUGGUGACCGAGCCAGGCCUGGAGCUGGUCAUGAUCGCGGACGAGGGCGCGACGACAGGAGGGGAGGAGGCAGGGACGACCGCCCCAGCUUCCGCGACCGCUCACCACCGAAAGGACCUCGCGGUAGUGCUCGCGGUCCAUUUGGCGGCUCUGCAAAGCCUCCAACUGGUCCUCGCUCCUCGACCGACAUCGUCAAGGAAGAGACACCAGAUGUCGAGAUGAAGGAUGAGAGGCAGAAACCAGAAGACAUGGACGACGACGAAUGGGAAAUGCUAAAGGUCAUGGGCUUUGGCGGAUUCAAGAGCACUAAGAACACCAAAGUGCCAGGGAAUGACAAGAACUAUGGGGUCAGAAAGGACAAGCAGCUCCAGGCCAGACAGUACAUGAACCGCCAGGGUGGAUUCAACAGGCCGCUGUCGCCGAGCAGGUCAUAA